AUGAUGAAUGUUUCCUCGAAGAGACGAGGGAAACGCUCCGCACGCUGUGUCUGGAAGCGUUACAUGGAUCCUGAGACGAGUGCAACCUCCAGCUCUCCUGGCCUUGUCCACCCCCACUGCCUGCAAGCCUCUUGGGGGAUGGAGCAUGAAGCGCACUCAUCAGUCAAUGUCAACCCCACUGAGUGCAGGUUCCAACGCACGCUGAAGGAAAAAGCCUCUUUCAGCGAGAGCGUCCAACAGGCGCUCUUCAGAUGCUUGGGAGAACACGAUCCAGACUCUGAUCUUUGCGAAGAUGACGGCUCCUUUGCAGCUCACAGACACCGACUUCGGUCGGCCGUUCAAGGCUCUCAGAUGGCGGAGAGGAGGUCUCUGGGUCAGAAUGCCGGCAAGAGCGACAUAUGGGCAGGCUCUAUCGAGGACAUUGCAGAGACGAUCGCCGAAGUGCGAGUUUCUCAGCUCAGCGCCCCACAGCUGGUCGCCCAUGGCUUGGAAGGAUCCCUCAGGUGGAGGAUUGCCUACGAACCGUUUUGGUCCGACUUCUUCCAGCGGUUGCAGGAUGUGAUGGAGGAGGUGGACCUUCCAGAGGCCCUGAAAUUGGUCCGAGUCUUCGCGACACUGAGAACGGUUCAUCGUGGAUGCGUCGAUGCCUGCGUCGCCAAAGUACGCGACGCCGACGCAGAGGUGCUCCUCGGCGUGAAGGAGGGCGAUUUGGCAUCUGCCGCCGAGGCUCUGGCCGUGAUGCGGGAAACAGAGGCUCUGGAUGUUGUGUUGCGUGUGCUGGCAUCGCGUGUGCACCGGCCGCCUGGCACAAAGCAGGCUCCUAGGGUUGCGGAUUAG